UUCCCAUUCUAUAUUACCUACUUCUCACUUCAUUCCACCUGCUCAAUUUGUUUAUAAACUUUUAUAUUUCAACUCAAAGUCACUCUUAUCCUUGUCUUAGAACUCCAUUCCACUUAAAGAAACAAAGAAAGUUAAGUUCCAAACCUCCAAUGUAACGUUUGCACUCUAAGUAAUGUGUUCUAUGUACUAACACACCUAUAUUUUUUAGCUUAUUCUUGCCUCCCAAAGAACCAGAUAAAGCAACAUGAAAUAUGUUUGAUUAUAGCAACCUAACACCCAAGGCAACCAACCUACCCCUAUUCUUUCUAAGGAACCAGAGUCUUGAUUUUUCCUUUGAUGGACUCCUUCAAGCAAACAUCAACAGGUUUUCUAUACAACCCCGAUUUAAGUACAGAUUCAGAAUCUGAACUCUCAGGAAUUCUUGAAAUUCAUGUCCACCAUGCUAGGAACAUUCACAAUAUCUGCAUCUAUAACAACCAAGAUGUAUACGCCAAAUUUUCGCUUACGUACAAUCCUGAUGAAGCUAUAUCAACAAGGAUCAUACAUGGUGGUGGCAAAAAUCCAGAUUUCAAUGAAGAUUUAGCAAUGAAAGUUUCCCAAGUUGAUUCUAUCCUCAAAUGUGAAAUCUGGAUGCUAAGUAGAGCCAAAGCCUUAAUGGAAGAUCAACUCUUGGGUUUUGCUUUAGUUCCUAUUUCUUCAAUUGUUGGCAAAGGAAAAAUUACUCAAGUUUUUGGCCUUUCUUCCACUGAUUUGUUUCAUUCCCCUGCUGGUAUAGUCAAAUUGUCCCUUUUCUUGAAUACCAACAAUCCCAUUUCAGUAUCCAACAAUCCUUCUUGUUCACCAUCAUCUUCUUCUUCUAUAAGUUCAGAAGUUGUGUUACUAGACAGAAAUACAUCUCAGAUUAUUGAUCCAGUUGAGUAUUCCAGAAUAGAGUUCCCUGAGAUCAGUUUAGUUAAAGAGAAUCAAGAAAUGGUGUCUCAAUAUUUUGACUUAGGAGGUUCAUUUCUCCAACUUGCUGCAUUCCAUAGUCAUCAUCAUGACAAUCAACAACAACAACAGCCACAGAAUGACUAUGAAAUGGCUGCAAUUAAUCCAUCAGAAGAGGAAGAAGAUGAUAACUCCUCAAAUAUUUCUCCCAAAGAAAGCAUUCAAAAUUCUUGGUUCCUUAGCUCCUCAAUGACAAGUUCUCUAAGUGAUGACAGGAACUCAGCAGACUCCUCACCAGAUAAAAAGAUCAGUGAUAAUAAAAAGGACUCAAUUAAGAAAGAAGAUGAAGAAAGGCAAGAACCCCAUGUGGUUUUUUCAGCUCCAUUAGGGAAUAUCAUUAAGAUUGAUGCAGAGCAGUCAGGUAUGCAACAGCAGAUAGUGGAUAUGUACAUGAGAAGUAUGCAUCAGUUUACUGAGUCAUUGGCAAAGAUGAAGCUGCCACUGGACUUGGAUAAAACUGAUCAGAAAGAUCAUGGAAGCUCAUCAUCAGAUAUGAACAAUAACAGGAAAGAAAAUUCAAGAGUAUUUUAUGGUAGCAGAGCCUUCUUUUGAACUAUGUCUGAUCAUGGUAUUCAAUAUCUGGUUUUAUCAUUGUUUUGGUCAUCUAUUCAUCUUUUCCUGUUCUGCUUAGAGUGACAUAACAAAAGUUUAUAGUAAUUAUUCCCAUAAGAGAAUUGCUCUCAUUAGCAACAAUUCCAUAUGUGAUUUUGAAGAAGUUUUUCUUGCAAUUGAGUUAUGUUUGUAAAAGUGAAUUAUUCAUGAAGAUGA